UGGUGGGGGCGGGGAGAGGGAAGGACCAGACGAAGCACCAACCCCCGCCCGGCCCCGUACCAGGAAGUGCUGGGGGCAGAGGAGCAGAGUUGAGCCAGAAGCCAGGAUGUUGGUGCCUUCGCUGAAGCUUCAAGACCUAAUCGAGGAGAUUCGUGGGGCCAAGACCCAGGCCCAGGAGCGGGAGGUGAUCCAAAAGGAGUGCGCCCACAUCCGGGCCUCCUUCCGCGAUGGGGACCCUCUGCACAGGCACCGCCAGCUGGCCAAACUGCUCUACGUCCACAUGUUGGGCUACCCCGCCCACUUUGGACAGAUGGAGUGCCUGAAACUGAUCGCCUCUCCCAGAUUCACAGACAAGAGGGUGGGCUACCUGGGGGCCAUGCUUCUACUGGAUGAGAGGCAGGAUGCCCACCUGCUCAUUACCAACAGCAUCAAGAAUGACCUGAGCCAGGGGACUCAGGCAGUACAAGGCCUGGCCCUGUGCACUCUGAGCACCAUGGGCUCUGCUGAGAUGUGCCGGGAUCUGGCCACUGAGGUGGAGAAACUGCUCCUGCAGCCCAGCCCCUAUGUGCGCAAGAAGGCUGUUCUGACUGCAGUGCACAUGAUCCGGAAGGUCCCUGAGCUCUCCACCAUCUUCCUCCCACCCUGUGCCCAACUGCUUCGCGAACGCCACCACGGCAUCCUAAUGGGCACCAUCACACUGAUCAUGGAGCUCAGCGAACGAAGCCCUGCAGCCCUCAAGCACUUUCGAAAGGUGGUGCCCCAGCUGGUGCAGAUCCUCCGGACUCUGCUGACAACGGGAUACUCCACAGAACACAGCAUAUCUGGAGUCAGCGACCCCUUCCUGCAGGUCCGGAUACUUCGUCUGCUUCGGAUUCUGGGCCGGAACCACGAGGAGAGCAGUGAGACCAUGAAUGACUUGCUAGCCCAGGUGGCCACUAACACAGACACCAGCCGCAAUGCAGGCAACGCGGUCCUGUUUGAGACAGUGCUCACCAUCAUGGACAUCCGCUCUGCAGCUGGCCUGCGGGUUCUAGCUGUCAACAUUCUUGGCCGCUUUCUGCUCAACAGUGACAAGAAUAUUAGGUACGUGGCCCUGACGUCGUUGCUGCGGCUGGUGCAGUCUGAUCACAGUGCUGUGCAGCGGCACCGGCCCACCGUGGUGGAGUGUCUGCGGGAACCUGACGCCUCCCUCAGCCGGCGGGCCCUGGAGCUGAGCCUGGCUCUGGUGAACAGCUCCAACGUGCGAGCCAUGAUGCAAGAGCUACAGGGCUUUCUGCAGUCCUGCCCCGCUGAUCUGCGGGCCGACUGUGCCUCAGGCAUCCUGCUGGCUGCAGAGAGGUUUGCCCCAUCCAUGCGGUGGCACAUAGACACCAUCCUGCGCGUGCUGACAACGGCGGGCGCCCACGUGCGGGAUGACGCCGUGGCCAACCUGACCCAGCUGAUUGGGGGGGCCCAGGAGCUACACGCCUACUCUGUGCGCCGCCUCUACUGUGCCCUGGCAGAGGACAUCUCCCAGCAACCGCUGGUGCAAGUGGCAGCCUGGUGCAUCGGGGAAUACGGGGACCUCCUGCUGGAAGGGAGCUGUGAGGAAAUCGAGCCCCUUCAGGUGGAGGAAGAGGAGGUGUUGGCACUGCUGGAAAGGGUGCUGCAGUCCCAUAUGUCCCUGCCAGCCACCCGAGGGUAUGCCCUCACGGCCCUGAUGAAGCUCAGCACCCGGCUCCGUGGGGAUAACAACGCCCUGUGGCCCAGCCGCAUCCGCCAGGUGGUGUCCAUCUACGGGAGCUGCCUGGACGUGGAGCUGCAGCAGCGGGCUGUGGAGUAUGACGUGCUCUUCCGGAAGUACGACCACAUGAGGGCUGCCAUCCUGGAAAAGAUGCCUCUUGUGGAACGAGGUGGCCCUCAGGUUGAUGAGGAAGCAAAGGAAAGCAAAGAAGAAACUCGGCUUUUGGAAGCAGCCCCAGUCCCCACAGAGCCCCAGGCCUCAAAGCUCUUGGAUCUGUUAGAUCUCCUCGACGGCCCUUCUGGGGAUGCCCAGCAUCCACGCCCUCUGGAUCCCUCCCCAGGAGGUCCUCUAGUACAGCUCCUCGACCUUCCAUGUGCUUCUCCACCCCCAGCUCCCAUCCCAGAUCUCAAAGUGUUUGAGCGUGAGGGACUACAGCUGAACCUUUCUUUCGUUCGACCCCCUGGAACUCCUAUUCUGCUCUUAAUCACUGUCACUGCUACCAACACCUCAGGGGAUGACGUCACCCACUUCAUCUGCCAAGCCGCGGUGCCCAAGAGUUUCCAGCUGCAGCUACAGGCCCCCAGUGGGGACACAGUUCCAGCUCAGGGUGGCCUUCCGGUGACCCAGCUCCUCAGAAUCCUCAAUCCUAACAAGGCCCCCCUGCGGCUAAAGCUUCGCCUCACCUACAACCACUUUGGCCAAUCGGUGCAGGAGAUCUUCGAGGUGAACAACUUGCCUGUGGAGACGUGGCAGUAACAGCCUCCACACAGCCUG